AAAAAAAAAAAAAAAAAAAAGAAAAACUGCGAGACCACCAACAGCGUUGAAACCCAACAGCAACGGUCCCAUGUCACAAUCCUCCCCGACGUAGAGAUAGCUAUGCUACACCCUUCCUACAAGAAUGGGGGUGGCACGGUUGUUACUAUGCUGUUUACUGCUCGAGGACCAUAACUUGGAUUUCGGGCUCGCAGUUUCCAACAACGUCAGGGACCUACACAGCGUUCCAUAUGCAACGAACGAAGCUCUCAACGACAACGAUUUACCGGGUUUCACUGGACCGAUUGACAACGUGACAGUGGCCAGCGGCAGGGAAGCCGUUCUCUCCUGUACCGUGAGAAAACUUGGCAAUUACCAGGUUGCCUGGCUGAGAGACGAAGAUAGAACGGUCCUGUCGAUCGGUCAGCGAAUCGUAACACAUUCGGGACGAUUUUUCAUAUCGGUUGAGAACAACAAGAUAAAAAAUCAAACGAAAUGGAGGAAAGAAGAAGAAACAACGUGGCGACUGCAUAUCCGGAUGUUGAAGGAAGCUGACAAGGGUUGCUACAUGUGUCAGCUAAACACGAAACCCAUGUUAAGUCAGCUGGUCUGCGUAGAUGUAUUAGUUGCUCCGGAUAUUCUGACUUCGGGAACUUCUGAGGGCGAAGUCUCGGUGUCGGAGGGCGAAAACGCGACCCUGGCUUGCAAAGCUUCCGGCAGACCUUCGCCGCGAGUACUUUGGCGGAGGGAGAAAAAUAAGAACAUUUUGGUCAGGGGGUUGCACGAGCAAUUGGAGCGAGUGGACAGCUUGUCCGGGGAACGACUGGAGCUGAAUAGAGUAGACAGGAGGCAAAUGGGCGCUUAUCUUUGCAUAGCAAGCAACGAAGUUCCCCCAGCAGUGAGCAAAAGGGUAUACCUUAGAGUGAACUUUUCGCCGAGCGCAACAGUUCCCAACCAAUUAUUAGGCUCACCUCUGGGUACCGACGUUGCGUUAGUUUGCCUGAUCGAGGCUUAUCCGAGAACUAUCAACUUUUGGAUAAGAAAUGGUCAAGUAAUUAUGAACAGUGGAAAGUAUGAAUAUCGGGAAGUAAAACACCCCGAGGAGGAAUGGAAGACAACGAUCGAACUAAAGAUUAAAGGGUUGGAAAAAACGGACCUCGGCGAAUACACGUGCUCGGCUACAUCGAGCAUGGGCAGCGCAGACGCUACCCUCGGAGUUUACGAAAUAGAAAGAGCUACGUUGCCGACACAGCCGACUUCGUCGACGUGGAAGAGGCUGGGGAAAACGAAGGCUAAGCAAUUGGCUCAAAUUACUACGCAGAAUCACGUCUACUAUCAGCUGAGCACCCCGGCGAUGCAGAAAAGCACAUCGCGAUUGGUUUACAACAGGCAAACUACGACAACAAUGGACCCCCGCGUGCCCCUGACGAGGGAUAAUGCUUACAAAAACGACGAUUAUGUAAAUUCGCAAAAUUCCGCGAGAACAAAGCUCGAGGUACACAGAGUGGUUCUAGUUCUAUGGAUUAUCAACGUCGCGUUGUUUCUGCACAUUUUGUGAAUGCUCGUUAUCGUUUCAAUACGCCUACACGUUGCGGGGAGAUAUGUUUUUGAGAAAAGCCUUGUUCGUCGCUAUCAACAACCGUAUAAUGUAUGAUUAUUGCACGUAGAAGAAAUAUUUCGACUUCGUUGUCUUUUCUUUUAUUUUCCUUGUUAUUUUUUUUCUCAUUCCAAUAGCCAGCCGAGCUAAUUGCUUUAUGCUGGGACCAAUUCUACGUUGAUUUU